UAACUCAACCCCCUCUUUUCCAGAUCUCCGCGAUGCCAAGCACGUAAACACAUGUGACCGUCCGGCAAGCGAUCCACGCAGUAAUGGCGUUCAUGACCAAGAAGAAACGGUACAAGUUCGGAGUUCAGUGCUGUCUCGAGGAGCUCACCGAGGUGCCGUUCGUGUCGGCGGUGCUUUUCGCGAAGGUGCGGCUGCUCGAUGGAGGGAAUUUCCAGGACCAUUCCAGCCGCGAGGAGGUCCGCAACCACGCGGUGCGCUGGAACGCGCAGUUCUCGUUCGUUUGCAAAAUGUGCGCGAACGCGAACACGGGAGUUUUGGAACCGGCUCUGAUGCGCGUCUCUGUGCGGAAGGAGUGCAAAGGGGGACGUUCAUACCAGAAGCUCGGCUUCUGCGACGUGAACCUGGCGGAGCUGGCCGGCGCCGGCGAGAGCACCCGCCGGCGGCUGCUCGAGGGCUACGACCCGCGGCGGAGGCUCGACAACUCCGUGCUGCGGGUGCGGAUCAAGAUGAACAUGAUCUCCGGCGACCCGCUCUUCAAAGUGCCCGAGCGCAAGCAGGACGUGGACGGCAAGGCGGACAGCGGCUCCGAGAGCGCGGCCGGCGGCCCCGAGGACGACUGCGCCUCCAGCACGCCCAGCAGCGGCUUCGGCAGCCUCACCAAACGGUCCAACUACGAGGGCGGGCACUCGCAGCCGCUGUCGUCGCUGCCGUCGUGCGAGCUGCCGUCGCCGGACCCGGACGACGUCACCGACCAUCCGGGAACGGGAACGCUGACCGCCGCGUCGUGCGCGAGCUGCCUCCAGCAGCACACACACUCGCGCAACUCAUCCAACACCUCCGGGGACACGAGCAGCAAAGCGUCGGGCUACGGCAGCUCCGUGUCCGCCGCGUCCGCGCACUCGCGACAGAGCUCCGAGGGCGACUCCGCGGACGCGCGCCCCCACCACAACAGUCGCUUGUGCAAGCACACAGGGCGAGCACAAACGUUAACGAAGCUGCUGCUCGAGAAAUCGGUCUCGUCCGACAACUCGGACGUGUAUCUGACGCCCAACACGACCCUCACCGGACCGCCGGACGUCAUAAGACACGCCAUACAGUCCCCCGCGACAGAAGACUACACAACACCAGACACGACACUCACUAAUGAAAGUAAUGCACACUUCGCUAUGCCCACUUAUUUCGAUAAGAAAAAGAAGGCCGCGGCGACAAUGAUAAGCAACGCCGUCCAGCCUUUGACGAACUUCCAAAUAUUCAAGCAGAAAUCCUUAAACACAAUCCCGGCUUUAAUAGAGAGGAACAAGCGCAACGAGGAACUCUUCAACAAUUUCCCAUUCUUAACACCUUUAGCGCACAGAAAGAGUUCUCUAAUAUCCGAAGCUAACAGGCUAUCAGGGUGUAUAGAGGACGAGUUCUACAGCAUCACAUCUGACCCGGAAACUGACGGGUUAUCAAUCGACGUGCGCAACCGUUUCAAGAGUCUGUCCAACAAGAAUGUUGAUAAGGAUGUGUUCACAUCGACGCCGAAAGAGAGGGUGCCGGUGAUACAGAGGUGUCACUACGCGUCGGAGCGCCGGCGCGGGGAGGUGCUGAGACACAGCUACACGGACCCGAGGAACCCGUCGUCCGGGUCGCUGACCGCGUCCGCGUCCGAGAGCGGGUCGCUGGACCGUGCGCGCGCCGCCUACUCGCGCCGCAAGCGCGCGCCGCAGCAGCCGCAGCCCGCGCCGGUCGACGACCAGCACAUGGUGUCCUGCCGGGUGGAAAACACGCGCGUGAACCCGGACUCGCUGAUCGACGAGCUGCUCGCGCAGACCGACCUCAAGCAAGCCGUCGACGACUCCGCGGAGACGUCGGGGCUGCAGCUGUUCAUAGCGCGCGACGGCACCGCGGAGCUGGGCUCGCGGCAGCGCACGGAGCGCCGGCCCGACUACCAGCGCGUCGUCAUACACCCGCACGAGCGCAGGCUACCUACGGCCUGAGUGUACGCCGACGUGGGCCUCGGCCCGCCGCGAGUCUGACCCGAGGCCGACACCCCGCG